AUGCAUGGAUCUGACUUAUAUUCAUUGUUUUUACAAGGAAAAUUAAAUUUACAUGAAUGUACUGUUAAAUCUCAAGACCCAACUAUUCCAUUUGUUUUACAAUUAAAGAAAUGUAUUGACAUUUAUAAGAAAAUAUUAGAUAUUGAUAAAGCAAAGGAAGCAGAGAAACUAAAACAAAAAAUGGAAGAAAUGAAUAAACCAAAGGCAGCUGAACCUAUCUAUAAAGAACAAGCAAAUGAAGAACUAUUUGACCCAUUAGCAGGAAUAGAUGAAUAA